AUGAAACUCGAUAAAGAACAGACAAUUCCAGUUAAUGGCUACAUAAUAAAAAAUCUUGUUUGUCAGACAAGUACAUUUAAAGUAUGUGAUGCAAUAGAUACAAAGGGAAAUUCAUUUGUAUUAAAAAUUAUACCAGCUGAUAUCAAAGUUAAUCUGUUAAAAGAAGAACAUGUAGUUGAAUCAUUUGUUCAUAAUGAUAAAUUAUUCAUUGUUUACGCUGAAAAUAAUUUUGCUAAAGAAGGUCCGGAUUAUUUUUCUUAUUAUAUGAAUCAAUCAACAAAAAUAUUAUCUUCAUCAUCUUCUUCAGCCUCUGUUAGGAAUGAAAAGGAUCAAAUACCCUCGAUAUUAACUAAUAAAAAUUAUAAUAACAUGACUAGUGCGGGCACUGGUAUAGUUAGUCCUUUAUUAGAUAAUGAAAAUAAUGAAAAUAACAACAAUAACAACAAUAACAACAAUAACAACAAUAAUAAUACUACACAUUUAUGUUUUGAUGAUAUUUCAAUGAUAUCUCAUUUAAAGAAGAAAAAAAUGUUUGGAAAUAUCACUAAUAAUUGUUCAAAGAGAUUAAGAACACCUAUCCCUAAAGAUUGCAAUUUUAUUUUACCAAGUACUCCUGAGAGUAAUAUAUCCAUAUCAGAAGAAGAAGAAGAAGAAGAAGAAGAAGAAGAAUCAGGAUCAGAAUCAGAUUCUGAAUGUGAUUCAAUUGAUAGUUUUGAUGAUGAUGACGACGACAAUGACGAUGACGAUGACGAUGACGAUGACGACAAUGAUGAGGAUAGUGAAAUAGUAACACUAAUUAAUAAUAAACUAGAAGAAUCGAUUUCUAAUGGAUUGAUACCAAUAUUAAAAGCUCAUCAUGAUAAUAACAAUAUUUCUAACAUGGUACCUACUAAUAACUUUAGUAAUAGUAACACAUCACCAAUUCAUAAAACUGAGCCUAAUUAUGUUAGUCAACCUUCACACAUACAUAUUCAAUGUCCAUUAACAAGAAUAAUACACAGUAAACAUACAACUAUUAGAAAGACCCCAAUUCCAAGGGAAAUGUUGCAUAACAAUAACAAUAACAAUGAUACUUCUUUUCAAUUUACACAAGAUAAAAUUCGUACAGAUACAUCUUGUGGAGGACCUUUUAAAUUAGAAAUGGUAAAGAGUUCAAUGUUGAGAAGGAGAAGCUCUACAAAAUGUCAAUUUUCGACCUAG